GUUAAACAUGGUAUGAGUCUGAAUUUCGGAACAUCUAAAUAUUAUAAGUAAUAUCAAAAUGUCACUCUUUUUAAAUCACAUUUUGUUUAUUUUCUUUUUUAACAAAUUUGUUACAAGUAAUUCUGAGGAACUUUGUGGACAGCCGAACUUUCGAAUUGGACUAGAUUCUCGAGGCAUUCCAAAAAUUUCGGUUCCUUGGGCUGCAAAAAUACGAUAUCUAAAUGAUGUUGUCAUCAAAUCAGGCAUACUUAUUUCCCCCACGAUGAUAAGUUCUGCAACCAGCUACUUUAUAGGCACCGAUAAGACCGUCUACCCAUUCGAAUCGUACAGCGCGACUGUGGGGUCCACCUAUUGGAACAGCGGUUUGGACCGUGAAGAUCAAAAAUUUAAAAUUAGUCACAUAUCUGUCUACCCUGGAUACACUGUGGACCACUGGACAAAAAGAAAAAACAAUCAAAUUAUUUUCCAUCUCGAUCGACCGGUCAACAUUUCCAGAAAUGUUCACCCCAUUUGCCUCCCACUGAAAGCAGGAUCAUUUAACCAAGCCGAAAUUUUCGACUGGACUAAUAAUAAACCUUUUUUACUGACCGGGUGGCAAAAGGAUUCCAAUUUCCAAGUCUACCAAAACCUUAGUAUCCAGAACCAGACAUAUUGCAGAUCAAGGUGGGAAAAAACUUCGACCAAAUCGGUUUAUGAAAAUCGGUUUUGUGCGACGGUUGAUCAAGAUAAUAAAGCACAGAGCUGUAUCUGGGCAGAUGUCGGUGCUGUCAGAAUGGUCAAUGGGUCAUACUUUUUCAUCGGUCAAACCAACGAUUAUCUUAGCAGCAAUGGCUCCGGAGUCUGUCGCCCUGGUGCCGUCUACUAUUUCUUCUUGUGGUCUGAACCUGUCUUAAAAUGGAUUCGAAAUAAUGAACGGUGCGGCUCAGACCGUUUUACCUGCGACGAUGGGAAAUGUCUCCCUUUAACGAAACUCUGCAAUCGUGGCGGUGAUUGCAGAGAUGGCACUGACGAAAACGAAGUUUUCUGCUCGCGUCUGUACAAAUGCAAAGAAGGCGAAUUUUUCUGCCAAGCGAAGUCGACAUGUGUUCCACUUGCUGAUGGGGUGGCGCACUGUGAAGAGGAAAGAGACGAAAAUAGUCACCCCACCCACAGUAGACUUUCCAUCUUAAUCAUGUUCUUCAUCCUGGUUCUUUUUGUCGUCGCUGCUACAGUUCUGCAUUUUAUGCAUCGUAGAAGACAAAAAAUUGUCGUCGUGAAGCGAAAUGAGCCAUCAGUCGAAUUCAGAAAAAGGUUUUCCCAAAUUGAUACCGACCAUACCAACGAGAGUACUCAAGUCAUAGCAAAACCUUGGAUGACGGACGAGUCUCUACAAUGCAUGGACCUCUUGGGUGAAGGAUCUUUUGGAAAAGUGUACAAAGUUUACGAUCCCAAUGACUUUGUCUACCCGUACAUCGCCGUCAAGUGUGUCGACGUUCGAAAAACGCUCAUUCUCAGUUGUGCAUCCGCCAGUUCUUCUACAAAUGCACCCAGCAGUUCUGCGACUGCAUCCAAUUCCACUCGGAACACAAAUUUGCUGCCCAAACUUUUGAACGAAAUACUUGUUCAGAGCAAACUCCAAGACAGGAAUGUCGUGCGGUACAUCAAUUACUGGGUGGAAGCGGAGGGUCGCAAUCCCGAAAAAUUAAACAGUAUUGAGCUUCACGCCUAUGUUCUAAAAUUACUGGAAGAAAGUUACAGUUUGGCAUGGUGCAAUUUUUAUCCAAGUAGUAAUAUUUUCAUUAAAAUGGAACUUUGUCACUUUACUUUGAAAUCAUUCCUGGCCUACGCACAAAUCCCCAGCGUGGUUAAUGGACAUGCCGCCGUUAUUUUUAAAGAUAUCACUACUGGUUUGAAACACAUCCACGGGGAAGGUUUUAUACAUCGAGAUUUGAAACCGGGGAAUAUUUUUUGUCAGAAAAAUCCGGAUGGUGUUUGUAUCUGGAAAAUCGGGGAUUUUGGUUUAACCACCGAACUCAAUAGGCACGCUGGUGGUAACACUGGACAAGUCGGUACGGAACGUUACCGGAGUCCUGAAAUGUGGCGGGGUUCUCGUUACACGACAAAAACGGAUAUGUACAGUUUGGGGGUGGUCUUCCUGGAAUUAGUGAAACGCGGCGGGGAAGAGUAUGAGAUGUUUCGAGUGGUUGAAAGGCUAAGGCUGGUUCGAAAUUCGGAACGGUCAUUGUAUCUGAAGGGACUUGUACAGGCCAAAUUUUCCGUUUGGGUCAAAGUAAUUGCGAAGUUGGUGGAGCUUGAUCAGACAAAGAGGUUGGACUGCGACGAGUUGCAGGUCAUGUUAGGUAAUGUAAAUUACUGAUUUUUAUUAUGGGUGGUCCAUAAAAUACGAAGCAAGAUGCAUAUCGUACCAAUUAUCAAUAUUAUAAGGGGCCUCGACCUCGUGUUCAAAACCCGGUGUCUUGAACCAACCAUUAUCAUUUUCUUAUUCAUGUUAAAGUAUAAGAAUUAUUUUUAACAAUUCAUUAUUGUUUUUGCGAAAAAAUUGGAAAGUAUGUAGCCUUGUUUCCAAAAUUGCUAAUGACGUUCAAAAUUGUGAUUGAAAUAUGUGUAGUAAAUAAGCAGAAUUUUUAAUAAUU